AUGGCGGAGGGCGGCGGUGGCGGCGCGGAGCCGGGGGAACAGGAGAGAAAGUCGUCGGGACCACGGCCCCCGAGCGCGCGGGAUUUGCAGUUGGCCUUGGCAGAGUUAUGUGAAGAUGAAGUGAAAUACAAAUCUCCCAAACCUAAUAGACCUAAAGCUACAGUCUUUGCAAGUUCACGGACACCCCCUCAAAGGCUCUGUUCAAGUGAGCAUGAAUACAGUGGAUUACAUAUAGUUCGACCUUCAACUGGGGAAAUUGUGAAUGAACUUUUCAAAGAGGCAAGGGAGCAUGGGGCUGUCCCUCUGAGUGAAGCUGCAAGAGCUUCAGGUGAUGACAAAUCUAAGUCAUUUACAGGUGGAGGAUACAGAUUGGGUAAUUCCUUUUGUAAGAGGUCUGAAUACAUCUAUGGAGAAAAUCAGCUACAAGAUGUUCAAAUAUUGCUUAAAUUGUGGAGCAAUGGUUUCAGUUUAGAUGAUGGAGAAUUGAGACCUUACAGUGACCCAACAAAUGCUCAAUUUCUAGAGUCUGUUAAAAGAGGAGAGAUUCCCUUGGAACUUCAGCGACUUGUGCAUGGUGGCCAAGUGAAUUUGGAUAUGGAGGAUCAUCAGGAUCAAGAAUAUAUAAAACCAAGAUUGAGGUUCAAGGCAUUUAGUGGAGAAGGACAAAAACUCGGAAGCCUUACACCUGAAAUAAUCAGUACGCCUUCCUCCCCAGAAGAAGAGGAUAAGUCAAUACUUAAUGCUGUUGUUCUUAUUGAUGACUCAGUGCCAACAACAAAAAUUCAAAUCAGAUUAGCAGAUGGGAGUCGUCUGAUACAAAGAUUCAAUAGUACACACAGGAUCCUGGAUGUCCGAGACUUUAUUAUACGGUCCCGACCUGAAUUUGCAACUCUUGACUUUAUUCUUGUGACUUCAUUUCCUAACCAAGAGUUAACAGAUGAAAGCCUGACACUUCAAGAAGCAGAUAUCCUUAACACUGUGCUACUCCAGCAACUAAAGUAAUAUUGCUCCAACCUAUUCAGUAGCAUAUAGGAAAGAUAAUGUGCCAUAGAAAUGAGGAAAAUACUUAGAAUAUAAAAAAGUAUUUUUAUUAUUUAUACAGAGAAAUUUUCUCUCUUUUUUUUUCUCUUCUAUUUUCCAGCCUUAGUACUGUUGAAUUUGGACCAGAAAUAGACCUUGAGUAUAAAUAUGUAUGAGUUCUUUGUUGUAGGGUUGGUUUAUGUUAAUAACUUUUAAAAAUUCGGACAAACCAUUCUGUUACAUGCUUUGUUUCCUUUUUGUAGAGAAAAUGAACAAAACCCCAUUUUGAUAAAUGCAUUUAUUAAAAUUUGCACUAAAGUUUCUUAAUGCUGCAUUUGAUCAGCAACCAUUAAGAAACCUGAUACAAAAUUUAGAUUUGUUUCUCUGAUAUAUACUGGAAAGUGUCUGUAUUCUGAUUUUCAAAUACUUUGAUCAUGCAAUAAUCAUUUCUCCUCUUAAGAUUUUUUUUCCAUUUUUUACUCACUGAUUUAACCAUGUUAUUAAUAUCAUGGUUAAAUAAUAUAAUUUGACCUUGUAUUUUGCAAAACUAUGACCAGCAUAAACUAGAAAUAAAGACAUAAAGGUCGCAGUACUUGGGGAGACAUGGUUAACAGCAUGUUAAAGUGAUCAUUGCAGUCCCUUGCAGAGUCUGCCUAGAUCACACUCAUUUAUUAACUUAACACAUUUUUCUAGGAGACCCACUAUAUAUAUUGUAAACACUGUUCUCAGUGUUCAACCUAGAAAUUAUUCUGCUCUAGAAUAAAACAAGUUUACAAAUACAGGAACAUAAACUCUGUCCAACAGAUAUGAAGAAUUAGCUGCCUGAAUGUUGGUAUUUCUGCUGAAACCGUGUAUUCUUGAAUGAGAUCAGUUAUAGCAGGAAAGCAAAAAAAGAUUUUUUAUCUUUCUAGAUAACACUUCAUUUUAGUUACUACACUUGGUUAGUUUUUUAUUGCUGCUGUAACACGUUACUACAAAUUAGUGGAUUAAAACAGCACAAAUUUAUUACCUCUUAAUUCUAUAGGUUAGGCAUCCAAAAUAAUUCUCACUAGACUAAAGUCAGUAUUGACAAGACUGUUGAGUUCAGGGGGGUCUAGGGGAGAAUCAUGCCCUUCCUUCCCAGCUUCCAGAGCCCAUUUACAUUCUUUGGCUUGUAACCCCCUUUUUCCAUAGACCAAACCAGCCACACCGUUUCUCUGAACCUUCUCUUCCAUCCCAUCUCUGACAUCAGCUGGGAAUAUUCUCUGCUUUUAAGGACUUGAGUAAUUUGAUUGGAUUCUGUGGCUGACGUAGAUUUAGCUUCCCACCAUCAUAAGGUUCUUAGUAACCUCAUCAUAAAAUUCCUACUGCCAUGUAAAGUAACAUAUCACAGUUUUCCUGUGGACACUCCAGGGGAGAAUCUGUUCUUUACCUCUUCUAAUUUGCUGCUGGCAUCCUGCACUCAUGACUACCAGCCCCCCUCUGCCUUUAUCCUCAGCUCUUUUAUAACCAACUUUUAAUUUCCUCUUUUUACUCUUGUUUACAUUUGGCCUACCUAAAAAAUAUACCAUGAUGGUCAUAUCAUUUCAAGAUAUUUACUCAUAUCUUCAAAAUCCCUUUUAUCAUGUAACACAUUCACAGGUUUGGGGUUUUAGUACAUGACCAUUUGCUCUGUGCCUACCACAGAUCAUUCGCCCAGUAAUUCAAAGCCACCCCUUUUAAAGGUGCUCAAAAGACUCAAUCCAAAAUAUUACCUGAAUCUUACAAGCUCUAAAGUUCCCUAACUAAUUUAAAUCAGUCAAGUAUGAGUGAAGAUCUGGGUAUGAUCCCUAGCACAUAGUUCUUCUGACUAUGGCUUCUGUCAAUCCAGAAAACCAGUUAUCUAUUACUAAAAUAAUGGUGUGUUACCAGAAAUUUUCAAGUCCUACUGCUUGUCCCUGUAGAUGCCAAUGAGCAGGGACAGGAAUUAAAUGAAUAAAAAGAGUGUUUAUUUAGAUUUCAGCAAUCUGGGAAUGGUGAGCUUACCACUCUCGAAAAACUGUCCUGACAUCUCCUCUCUGACUGCCUGUUUUAUAGUGAGUCAGCUUAUCAGAAUAGCCCAUCAUAUUGGUAUUACUGGUGUUUAUCACAUUCAGCGCCCUGAGUUUGUUCUCAGCUUCCUGGUUAUCUGCACCUGGCCUGCUAAGCUUAGUUAAUUUCUGAAGGUGUCAGUACCCUGCACUCACUUGGGAACCACUAGGCAAGAAUCUGAGUUCAAAGCAAGAGUCAGUUCUAAAAAAGACAUAUCCUUAGUCACAGUGAGUACAGGUAGCCUUUGCAGAUUCCUGAUGUGUUGGUGCAGAUUCCUGUACUAGAUACAAAAGCCUCCCCUCCCUCACCCCUGUCACUGGGACAGAAAAUAACAGAGACAUUCUUGGUCAAGAAAAAGAAAAAUGGGAUUUAAAAAAAAGAAAAGCAACCAGUGGGUGCUGUGCAAUCUAGAAAUACAGACAUGCACAUUCCAAUAAAUUUUCAAUCCUGGGGUUAAUCUGACAAUUCCAACCCCUCAGUUUAUGCCUCGAUCAUCUCUCCUUUCAUGAAGGAGGGCAUGUGUUUGCCGCUGAGUGGUUUUAUCAGCUUGUUUCUUACCAAUAGAAUUGUGGAAGAUCCAACCAUGAUUUCACCCUUUACUCCUUUCAGCUUAAGGUGGCAAAUAUUGGCAAAAGUUACACCCUCAUCUUUCGUAGAGCAGGCUUUCUUGAUAGUGAAUUUCUUGAAUUAUUUUCUUUUGCAACAUCGGUGGUUAAGAAUUUCCGAGUCUCUAGCUUCUUCAGUUUAUCCAUUUCUCACACUUUUGCUACGGUGAGCAAGAAGUAGGCUUUGCCUUCCAUGCUUAACUUAGAAAUCUAUUCAGUUCAAUAUCUGAGUGUAACCAACUGCUUUCCGUGGAACUUGAAGACAUAAUUCAACGGGCUUUUUGCCACUAUAGAACUAGAAGAUCUUUCCCUUUGAUUUCCAACAGAAUGUUCCCUCUUGCCUUCUGAGGCCUCAUUGGAAGUGCCUUUAGUGUCCUUGUUUCUAGUGACAGUCUCUUCACAUCACUAUAGAUAUUCUGUGGUGAUUUAAGCAUUUUCUGCCAUAUUCCUUAUCCUGCUCACUGCCAUUAAUAGCCAUAUUUCUACUAGCAGAGUUUAAGGCAAUUUAAGGUUUUAUUUUUGUUAUGUCCCUCAAAAUUCUCACAACCUCUGCUCACUACGCAAUUCCAAAGUAACUGCUGCAUUUCUAUAUAUUUGUUUCAACACUGCCCCUUUCCAGUAAUGAUAAAAGUGCACUAUGCCUACUCACUGCCAAUUGACCUGAAUGUUUUAGUAGAAGAUUUGGAACUUGCCUUUUUUUCUGGUGGUUUAGUUAUUUCGAGAGGAUGUAUUUACCCUUUAGGUUGUUUAUACUUGAGGAACUGUUCUCAGAACCAGGAAAGAAUUGAUUCUACCACCUCAGGAAACAAAUAUAGAAUAGGAAGACUAUUGCUAAAUAAUUCCUUCAGAAUAAGAAGUCUUGUUCAUUUCUGCUAAUUGACUGCAACAUGGAGACUACAUAUUUAUAAUAGAUCAGUCUCAGUUCAAAAAGAUUACCAGGGAUAAACUACACUUUCACAUGAGCUUCCUAAGGAAAUAAUCUAUUGGAACAGUUGGACACUUUCAAUAAAAGGGCACUGCCUUGUUUAUGUUAAUAAAACAGGGAAAUUAAAUCCAAUAAGGCUAGUUAAAAUUGUACUCAACCUUCUUAUGAAUUAAGUGGAGUGCCUACAGAUAACGCAUAUAGAAAAUAGGGCAUUUUUGUAUAUAGUAGUCUUCCAAAAUAGAGAUUACUUUAGAAAAGAUAAACAUUCAGAAGGCUAACCAGACUUUCAAAUGAACUACAUAGUGUUUUACUGCAGUAAGUCAUUUUCUGGAACUUUUUGCUACUUCAGUCACUGUAACUUUUAAAAUUUAUAUUUUCAACAAAGAUUAUGUCAACAGAUUGCCAUUUGUGAUGUCAGUUGUUUUUGCAUGACAUGUAAUUAAAACGUUUUAAGUGUGCUUACCAAUAAAGAAUGUUUUUACCAAAACUUGUUGAAAUCUCUUAGUUUGCAGUUAAUGGAGUAUUUUAAGCAUGAGUGACAUUUCCUGUGGCUUAAUUUCCUGUGGUGUCUUUUGAAGCAGAGAAGGAACUGAGUUGUACCAAUGUUACCUCCAUUUCCCAAUGCUGUUUCUAUUUUACUCCACAAAAAU